AUGAUGAAAUCUUUCCGCAAAUCCAAGCGGCUGUCCAACUCGCUGAACUCGUCGAAGCAUUCGAUAUCGCGGGUCACGUCCACGCACGCCCAUUCCGAGGACCUAAGUACGGCGUUGAAAUCGCCCGAAAAAGCCAUAAGGGCACUCUACGACUAUAAGCCGCAGGGCCCAGGCGAGCUCCGUUUUGAAAAGGGCGACUUUUUCCACGUGAUCCAGGACCAGGCCGGCAACAACGAGGCCAACGGGUGGUACGAGGCCACCAAUCCGGCCACGCAGCAACGAGGCAUGGUGCCAAUGUCGUAUUUCGAGGUUUUCAGCAAGACCAAACACAGCGCUGGCCACGACAACCACAACAUCGAGCAGGGCAAUCCACUCAACGGCAAGUUGCAGCACGUGGGCACCCAUCGGCCCGCCAACCAGAUGCUUUAUGCAGUGACGUUGUUCGACUUCCAGGCCGAGCGGGACGACGAGUUGAAUAUCUCUGCGGGCGAGAACUUGGUCAUAUGUGCGCACCACGACUUCGAGUGGUUCAUUGCCAAGCCCAUCACGCGGCUUGGAGGGCCGGGCUUGGUGCCCGUCACCUAUGUGAAAAUCAUCGACAUGAUGGGCUCCUCCUCUGCCGGCCAGCCUGCCUCGGAGGACGCAGCUGCCGUCAUCAACCACUACAACAUCCCGACUGUCGAGCAAUGGAAGGACCAGACCGCGAAAUACGAGGCGCUGACCAUUCCGUUGGGCCACAUCUCCAACAGCCAGCCGGCGGUGUCUUCUAACUCGCAGUACUUCCAGCCUGAAGACGCCUCGCUGAACAGGUCGUCCCUCGGCUCGACUUACACGUACGUCACGGAGGCUGCGGUCGACUCGUACCACUUGGAGCAUGGGCGGUACCAAUAUUUGGUGGUGGCCCGGCUCUCCAAUGGCCGCACGCGGUACUUGUACAGGUUCUACCAGGACUUCUACGACCUCCAGGUCAAGUUGCUAGAGCUCUUCCCGUACGAGGCGGGCAAGAUCGAGAACUCGCGCCGGAUCAUUCCCUCGAUCCCAGGGCCCUUGAUCAACGUCAACGACUCGAUCUCCAAGUUGAGGAGAGAGAAGUUGGACUACUACCUCCGAAACUUGAUCUCGUUGCCCGUGCACAUAUCGCGGUCAGAGGAGGUUUUGGGCCUCUUUGACAUUCUCGACAACGGGUUCGAUAAGGAAGUGGUGGAAGACCAGUCGGCCAAACGAGCUUCGCGGCCAGUCAUGAGGCAGUCCAAUUACCAGCAGGAUAGACAUUCCCAGUACUCCUUUCUGCAGCUAAACGUGCAAAGAACGUCAGUGACGCCCUCGACGGAGUCGCUGUUGCACAGGCCGGGAUCCACCUCGUCCAACAACCUUCUAGCAAAUCCCGUCAGCACCGCCGUCACGAACGUGACGGCGGAGAAGCUGGCCAAAGUGAAGGUGAAAUUCUAUUACGAGGAUGACAUCUUUGUGCUUUUGCUUCCGGUCAACUUGCAUUUGCAAGACUUGAAAACAAAAUUGAUCAAGCGGCUCAACCUCGAGACUGCAGAUGAGGGCUCCGGGGUUCAUCUCUUAUUGAAGAACGACUAUGACGAGUUCUUGGACUCGAACAACAUCGCCUCGGAUAUUCUAAAGCCAGAACAGCGAGAACAGUUGUUUCAGUUGGCUGUGAAUGACGAUGACCGAUUCCAGGAGAUCCUCUAUGAUAAAUGCAAAGUCAUGAUAUUGUCUGGGUGA